UGAAUCAAACCCAGAGCAGCCAGACGGAGCAGAUAGCUGGAGCUUUACGAAUAGGACCUCACCUGUCUCUGGAGUGGAGACAAAAGGCAAAAUGAUGCCCGAACCUUUAAAAUCGGCUCUGUCCCUCGGAGAUGUGGAGGACACGUCCCUCGCGCUUCCGUCCGAUCGCGAGCUGAGAUCCGCGCAGCAGCGAGUUCUGGAGCAGGUUCACACCAUCAAGAGGAGCAAGUCCAAAUACAGCAGCAAAAGCGUGUCUGGUCUCCCGUCCCCCACCAGCCCUGAAAGUGACAGUGUUUUUCACGACUUCAAGUAUUCUCCCGGCGCGUCUCUCAGCGGCCCCUCGUUCAGCAGAGGAGGAAACAUGACAAAUGGGGGUAUGCAAAGACAAGGCUUUGUGCGCCAGGCCGCCAACUCCCGCAGCUUCAGCGGUCAGCGGGUGACCAGCGGCCCCAGCAAGAUCGAUCGGCCCUUCUACAGCGCUACAGGCACCCUCCCUGACCAAACCCGGACCACUAACCAACUGUACAGCUACAAAUCCACUCGCAGCGCUCCAGACCUGGGCUUCCAGUCCACCGGCAACACCGGGGCCACCGCCACCAAUGUACGCACCCAAACCACCAGACAGACCCUCAUCAGGGUGCCAAAUACUCAACCUGCUCAGGCUUACGGAAAUGGCAAUGUCCCCAGAAUGCCUAACAGCAAUCAGGCCGGCGCCAUGCAACGGACCGUGAGACGCCCGUCUUCCCUGCAGUCCAACGGAGAGUCCAGGAUGUCCAUGAUCAGGACCGGACAGGCCAAGGACAUCUCUGGGAUGAACUCAGAGAAGCUUCUGGCAGAUAUGACGAUGCAAGACGCAAUCGAGUAUCUGUUCAGCACAGAUGAGAGCUUCCAGCUGUGUGGAGCCGCUUACAUCCAGCACAGCACCUUCGCUGAUGAAAAAGCCAAGCAAGAGGUGCUGACCCUGAAGGGCAUUCCUCCACUGGUCAACCUGCUGAACAGCCCCAGUCCUCAGGUCCAGGAGACGGUGGCCGCUGCUCUGAGGAACGUGGUCUUCAAAAACCAGGCCAACAAAGAGGAAGUGCGGCGCUGCGGAGGAAUCACACAGACUGUGCAGCUGCUCGGAGACACCAGCUCUGAGACACAGAAACACCUGACAGGUCUCCUGUGGAACCUCUCCUCUGCAGAUAACCUCAAGCCGGAUUUGCUCCGCAUAGCCUUGCCUGUGCUCACUGAGAAAGUCAUAGAGCCGUUUUCAGCAAGUUCAGAUGACAACUCCAACAGCAGCCUGGCACCAGAUGUCUUCUACAACGCCACGGCAUGCCUUCGCAACCUAAGCGCCUCCAAACUGGCGAACCGACAUGCAAUGCGCAACUGCAAAGGCCUCAUCGACUCACUCAUGCGCUACACAGAGAACUGUAUAAAUGCCGGGACACCUGACAACCAGUCUUUGGAGAACUGCGUCUGCAUUCUGCACAAUCUCACCUACCAGCUGGAGACCGAGAUGCCAACUCUCUUCACUAAAAUAAACGCUCUGGCCAGUUCUGCUCGCAAUCGCUCUAGCCCUUCAGAAACUGGUCCGAUCGGCUGUUUCAGCUCCCAGAGCCAAAAACUGCAGCAGGAGCAGAGCGUCUUUGACUAUCCAGUGAUGGAGGACAACAAUCCUAAAGGUGCCGGCUGGCUCUUCCACUCCAAAGCCCUUCAGAUGUACCUCAAUCUGUUGAGCACCAGUGAAAGAGACGCCACUCUUGAGGCCAGCUGUGGAGCGCUGCAGAACCUCACAGCCACCGAUGGCUUGGUAUCGAAUGUAUUGAGUGAUACGAUCAUCCAGAAGCUCAACGGUCUUAAGUACAUCAGUCCGUUGUUGCAGUCGCCCAAUGCUGCUCUACAGAAAAGUGCAGUCGCUCUGAUCGGGAAUCUGUCCAGAUCCACACGUACAAACAAAACCAUGGCUCGGCAGACUCUCCCGCAGCUGGUCGGGUUCCUGAACUCAGGGUUCACGAAGGGCGACUCCUCGCCCGAAUACGACAGCACCAUGGCCACAGCUAUUCACAGCGCACACACCCUGAUGAAGGCGGACCCCGAGAUCAGCAAGAGUCUGCUGAACAACAGCCUGAUCAACUCCUUCAACAACAUGAGUCUCAAUCUGGGUCUGCCGAAGUCCAGCACUGCAGCAGGAGUUCUCCUUCACAGUCUGUGGUCAGAAAAGAAUUUUCAAAGUUUCCUUAAAAAGCAAGGCAUGAUUAAGAAGUCUUUUGUGAAUGACACAACGUCAGCUGCUUUCAGAUCUCUUCAGGUGAUCGACUAAGAAGCACUUUACAAACAAACUGCAUUUUAAUUGCAUUGCAUUUUAGUUUCGGUUAAGUAUUGCAGAAGAAAUGGUGAGAAUGAGCUUUUAUUUCCUUUGGGGCAGGAGACGCUUUUUGCAACAAUGCAUAACAAAUGCAAUAACAAAAGCAUGAUUUUAUUUUUUUCUAUGACUCGUAGUAUUUUCAUCAGUUAAGAUGAUUUUAUAUACCUUUGUUUGUCUUUAUAAUAUGUUCUAAAAUGCAGAUGAUUUUAUGAGAGUAUUACAGGUUGUUUGUGCAAGUUUAAGAUGUUAUAUGUUAUACUGUAUGAUAUAUUAUAUAUCAGACAAUAUAAAUAUGUAUGUGUGUAUGUUAGUCAGUCAACGAGUAAAAGGAAUGAUUGUAGGAAGUUUCUUCAUUUUUCAAGUUUCAUCAUUACAAAUAUGAUUUGUAAUGGCUGUUGUGUAUAUGGGUGUGGAUCAGUUUGUAUGUUUCAGCUCACAGCAACUUCAAGCUAAGUUUCAAUAAAGUUUUCAACAUCA